ACACUCACUCAGUUCCAUUUUGAUAAAGACAAACUCCAUUCUGUCACCUUCCAGUACCAAUAAAUCUCUCUCUCUCUCUCCCUCUCUCUCUCUCUCUGCAGCACACCCACCAUACAAACCAAACAAAUAUUCAUCAAUCAUAGCCCCCCCUUCUUGCUCUGCUUAUGCUAAUGGCCACCACCACAACCACAGCUCAGUAAAAAUUAUAAUGAAAAACAAUGGAGUCAGACAGACCCCAUCGCACCAAAAGCAACAGCAGCAUUAGUGGCACUACAUCCACAACUACAAGCGAGCUCUUCAUUUGCUUUACUACUUCUCGCCUCUCUUCUUCAUCCAUGAAGCUCUCCUCCAAGUCCCUUCUCAGCCCAGGCCGAGCCAGAGAGCCUUCCCAAAUCUCCCUCUCCUCUUCUCUCAGCCGCAGGCUCAGAACCAGUGGAAGCAUCAAGGGUGGCCAAGCCUCCCCCAUGUUCCCUAGCAAUGGUGGCACUAGUAAAAAACGUGGGUGCGCUUUUGAAAACCCAGAACCCUCUUCCCCUAAGGUCACAUGUAUUGGUNNGGUCAGGGUCAAGACCAAGAAACAGGGCAAGAAAAUGAGGAUAAUUAGUAGAUCCAAGCGCAGCAGGGGAAGUGAGGCUAGUUUCAGAAAACCAGAGCAAAAUCAGCAGAGCACCAACAACACAGCUAGUCAAAGUCAAGAGCUUUACAAUCGAGACAACAGCAGCAACAACUUCCAAGGUUUGCACUUUCAAAAUCACCAGAUCAAUAAUAAUAAUCAACAGGAAUGCUUGAGGCACAGGAACCAGAGGUGGGUUCAUCUUCCUUUGACGAUUUGUGAAGCUUUGAGGGCUUUUGGGUCCGAGUUUAACUGCUUGAUUCCGAACCGGUCUUCUUGUUUGGCUAGUGAUGAUAAUAAUAACAAGGAGAAAGAAGAAAAUAAGGGAGUGAGAUCAGAGAGUGGAGGGUCAUCUUGUGGUGCAGUCUUUGCAAGGUGGUUUGUUGCUUUGCAAGAUGGGGAUGGGAAAGGAAGAGAGAUUGAGUUGAUGGUGGGUGAAGAUCAAGAAAGAACAGAGAGAAGUACUAAUAGUAGCAGUGGCCAUAGCCAGAGGAGGCAAGUGUUUGAAGGUAUUGAGUUCAAGGAAGAUAGAUUGAAUGAGAGUGUAAUGGAGGAAGAAGAAGCAGGGAGAGUGAGUAUUUGUGUUCCUCCAAAGAAUGCUCUUUUGCUCAUGAGGUGUAGAUCUGAUCCAGUGAAAAUGGCUGCCCUUGCUAAUCGAUUUUGGGAGAUGCCUGCUGCUCCUCAAGAUGAAGAGGUUGAAGAUGAAGAGGAGAAAGAGGACAAGGGUCUUACAGAAAAAGCACAAGACUUUGUAGAAGAACAAGGUACUGAUGAAGUACUUGAGAAGGUGCAAAAUGGGUUGGAGACAGAGGUUGCCGAAGGGGAUGGUGUGUGUGAGAAAUGGGUUUGCGAUGGUGAAGAACAUGGAGACUUGGAAGAGGUAGAAAAAUUGGUUUUAGAAGAAAAGGAGGAUGAGAACCCAGAAAAAAGGCAGCAACUUUAUGAUGAAGUAGAAGAGAUUGAAGAGAAGGCUGAAUGCCAACAAGAAGCAGAGUUAGAGGAAGAAGAGGAACAAGAAUUGGAUGUAACCCAGCAAGCAUUGUCAGAAGAGUGUUGUGUACUUGAUGUUGUUGCAGAUCCAGAAAUAUUAGAAUUUGAAGAAAAUGACCAUGAAUGUGAAGCUACAGAACAAGAGCAAGAGCAACAAGAAGAAGAAAAAGAAGAGGAAGUGAGAGAAGUAAAGCUUCCAAUACCUUCCAAUGAGUGUGUAGAACUAGAAGAAGAAGAAAAAACAGAGGCUGAAGUUGCAGACGAAUCAACAGAGGAAGAAACAGAGACAGUAACCCAAGAUAGACCCGAACCCGUAUCCGAAAACCCGAAAAACCAAUUGGAUUCCGGGUCGAAGCGGGCGGUUCAGAACUCGGUCUUACCGGACUGCCUACUGUUAAUGAUGUGCGAGCCUAAAUUGUCAAUGGAGGUGUCCAAGGAAACUUGGGUCUGCACCACGGACUUCAUCCGAUGCCUGCCGGAGCGACACGUCAAGAAAGUCGACGCUCCAGAUGAGGCCAAGAAGCGGGUCAGCAUCGACUCGAAUCCUGCUGCGGCACCGGCGGCGCAGCCGGUCAUUCAGCCGCCGAGGUCGUCUUGUUCGUUCCCAGUUCAGGCAGGUCCGGUUUCGAUGGCCACGAUGAUAGGGCAGAAGCUGGUGGGGUCCACUGCUUACGAGCCGUUUGUGCUUACGCGCUGCAAGUCCGAGCCGAUGAGGUCGGCGGGUAAACUCGCGGCGGCGGAGACGUGUUUUUGGAAGAAUAGGAAGAUGGAGCCGCAUAGGCGGGCGGCGAUGGGAGUCGGCGCGGCUGGGGUCGGGUUCUGACUGAGCCGAGAAUGCAAGUGGAUGGAUCAAACGGCCAGAAAUUGCAGGACAGGUUUUUGCCACUCAGGUUGGGUUCUGUAACAAAAUGAUGGGUUCCUCUAUUUUCUACUUUUUUUCUCCUAUGCUCUGAAUAAAUGGUGAUGCAGUAAAAGUUGGUAUUGGUAUGGGUAUGUGCAGAGCAGCAAGCUCUUGUUUGGUGGGUAGACUGUAAAAAGAGCUGAUUUGCUCUCCUUUAUAGGGUAAAUGAUGGCAGUUAAAGAUUGCUUUUUUCUGGCGUGCACAUGUAAGAAGGUGAUGAAACACAUGGGCUAUGGGGGUAUUUAGGUUUUAGAGCAGAGUGCAGGGCAGAGUGUGGUUACAUAUUGGGUAGCAGAAACAAAGGCACUCUUGAGAGCCUGAGCCAAAUUCAGAAACUUUGGUUGGGGAGUGGAGCUCCAGCUUGCGUUGUGCUCAGAUAAAUAUUGUUUUUAUACUUUAUUUAUUUGUUAGGAAUAUUAUUUA